AUGCAGAUGAAGGCCUCCGCUCCUCCACCGGGGAGCGCAGAGGAGGACGGGCCCACCAAAGAGGGACGGUUGCUGACGUUCUGCUACCUGGCGGCGUUCAACUGCUGGCUGCUGCUGUGCCCGGACACGCUGAGCCACGACUGGCAGAUGGGGUCGGUGCCGCUGGUGGCGCAGCCGGCGGACCCGCGCAACCUGGCCACGGCCGCCUGCCUGGGCUGCGGCGCCGCGCUGCUCUACCGCGGACUCGCCGACCUCGAGCCGCAGCGGCCGCCGGCGGUGCUGCUGGGGGUGCUGCUGCUGACUCUGCCCUUCCUGCCAGCCUCCAACCUCUUCAUCACCGUCGGCUUCGUGCUCGCCGAGCGCGUCCUCUACAUGCCCAGCUUAGGUGGGGUGCUGCUGGUGAGCUACGGCGCGCAGCUGCUGUGGGGCCGGCUCGGCCACCGCGGCCGGCCGCUGCUGGUGGCUGCGGCACUCCUGCUGGCCGCUGCCUUCUGCGGGCGGGCGUUGCUGCGCAACCGCGACUGGCUCUCCAGGGAGACGCUCGCUAGGGCGGGCUUGCGGGCGCUGCCACACAACGCUAAGAUGCACUACAACCUGGCCAACUUCCUGAGGGAGACGGGGCAGCGGGAGCUCGCCGUGCACCACUACAGGGAGGCGCUCAGACUGUGGCCGGACUACGCGAGCGCACACAACAACCUGGGCACGCUGCUGGCGGGGGCGGAAGCCGAGGCCCACUUCCUGGCCGCAGUGGGGCUGGCGCCGGCGCACGUGCACGCCCACUACAACCUGGGCCAGCUCUACAGGAGGGAGAACCGCAGCGCGGAGGCGGUGCGCGUGCUGGAGCGCUGCGCGCGACUCGACCCCGGCUACCUGCCGGCGCAGCGGCUGCUGGCGCGCCUCUACACCGAGGCCGGCGACCGCGGCAGCGCGGGCAGCCUGCUCGCCAGGCUGGCGCUGUCUCCGCCCACCACCGCCGACCGACUCGCGCUCUACGCCGCCUGGCUGCACGAACAGGAGGAUGUGUACCUCCUGGAUGCUAACCAGUCACAGUAA